AUGUCAACAACAGCCACAAUCACCAAAACAACUCAAGUCCCCUCACCCGAGUCCGCUGACUUUACAACCAUCUCGUAUACAAGGAUCAAGCAAGGAGACGCCAGUGAGCUAUCCGCUCUCCGAAGAGCAUGUGAAAAGGACGGGUUCUUGUACCUGGAUCUCCAGAAUGCUGACGGAGAGGCUAUACCGGUCAUCAAAGAGGUACCAUUGGUAUAUAAGGCCGUGAAUAAUUUCUUCCAGCUGGACGAAGAUGAGAAGAUGAAGUAUGACGUCGACACAAUCGGCCCCUGGAAGCUCAAUGGGUACACCCCUUUCGGGAGAAACGCGGGCCUGGCUGGAGAUGGGAAGAAGCAUGGCGUGGAAGGAUAUACAUUUCCCCGAGAUGGUAUAUGCAACCCCAUCGUAGACGGGCAUCCUCUUUCCCUACCACAGGUACUGCAAGGCGAAGCCCCCCUUCUGGCCAACGUCAUGGAUAAGCUCCAUGAGAUUGGUAUAGGACUGCUAGAUGCCCUGGACCAGAUCAGUCACGAUGCAAGCACACCAUUUGCGCCCAGACACCUCCCCACAGACCCUUCAACCUCAUGCAUGACAGUCCAGCGAUACCCCUCCCUCUCAAGCGAAGGUCCCAACGCAGGCCUCAGCGCCCACACCGACGUCGGCAGCCUCACCAUCCUUUUCUGCGGCGAUCGCGGCCUGCAGACAUUCAACCAGGACACGCAGGAGUGGCGGUCUGUGGAGCCUCGCAACGGCUGCGCGAUUGUCAACGUAGGCGACUCGCUUCGCUUCCUCUCGGGGAGGAAGUUCCGGUCUGUGGUGCACCGCGUGGCUCCAUACCCGGGGGAGACGAUUGAGAAUAGGUUCUCGUGUGCGUACUUUAUGAGGCCGAGAAUGGAUGUUGAGUUUAGUGACGAGAAGGGUGAGCGGUGGAAGAGCAUUGAUUGGCAUAUGAGGAAGUAUAAGAGUUACCGCGAGGCGGGCAAAGCGUCUUGA